AUGCCCUCUCAAUCUCCUCAAAGUAACUGGUGGACGACUAGCGGAAAUUCCACUUUCCUACCCACGGGAACUGGGACAACCUCGCGAAGCUUGUCAUCUCCGUCUUCUCCUCUCUCUACCGCGAUACCCUCCACAAUAUUCCCAUCGACAUCGUUGACCUCGUCCUCUACUACGACAUCGUCUACUGCUCCCAUACCCGCCAGCGCUACCUCCUCAUCUGUGUCCCUCACUUCUAGUCUUACUACAUUCACUACCUCAGUACCGAUCACUGUUUCCAGUCCUUCUACGACUUUUACUACCUUCUCGGACUACCUCGUGACAUCCACACGUGUUGCAACAGCAUUUCCCGAUACCUCGACUAUUCAAGCAAAUGCAGCUGGCAAUCCUGUCUGUAUUGGUCAUGGGGUUGACGCCACGUCCCUUGGCUUGCUAUUUACUCUCGUCGUCCCGUCUGUUGUCGGCCUAUUGAUAUGGCUAUUGUUUGCUUCCCUGCGACCCCGCUAUCGUCAAGUCUAUGGUCUUAGGGAAUGGUUCGUUCAGCAGAGCCUCCGCCCUAAACCCCUCGGCCGCUCGUUCUGGGCAUUCCUCUUCCCCCAUGUCCCCCUCGUUCCCUCUCUCUCAUCCGAUGUGUCCGACGCUGGACGGUCGCCCGCGCAAGACGCACAACUCUUCCCCUCGGACGAACAGCUGAGCCAGCGCGUCCUGUGGAUAUGCACACUCAUCGUAGCUGGCUGGACUGUUCUUGCACUCGCCGCGUUUCUCCCUCUGUACAUGGUGUCGACGCCUUGCCUCGCCGAUUCCUUACACCCAGCGCGCUUCACCGGAGCCUACUCUGUGCUACAAGACCUUAGUUUGCUACGCCUAUUGCAUCUCCUUGACCCGGGUCAGGUGACGACCGUCGACCUACGCGUCUUGCUCUCCACGCGCGAGGUCGUGAACGGAAGCGACGCGGCGCCCAGCGCGCGCACCCGGAUUAUCAUCGUCACGGUUCUCGCCAUCGUGCUCGGUCUCCUCCCGGUCCUGUGGAAGAUUCUGAAGGAGUUCAGCAGGACUGUGUCGUACCGAGAGCGAUGGGCCGAGGUCCGCUGUCAGGGUAUCGAGAUGGGCUGGCUUCCGGCACGGCGUGCCCCUGGAUUUGUUGGGUUCGGGGAGAGGCGUCUGAAGGACUACAUGGUCAAGAUCGGCCUCAGCUCUACGCUAGACAGCAACAACGAGCGCAACGCGCGUUCCAGGCGGAGGCGACGCGCUCAGGAGGCCAACGAGGAGAAAGGCAACCUGGAAAUCGACAUCCAGUCUCUAUUUUCGAUUGUCGACACAACUCAGCUUGCCAUCCUCAUCGAAGAGCGCGACGUGAUCCUUGAAAACCUUGAGGUUGCGGAGACGAAGUACAUCGAGAGCUUUCGACUCGCCACGCCAGACCCGUCGUUAGCGGACUGGGAGCCUCCCGUUCCCCCCAAGGUCGAGCCGGGGAGUCCCCCCAGGCCGUCAAUUAGCCGGCCUCGGCCACUCGUCAGCUCCAAUGAUCACCGCCACAGCCGUAGGCGCAAAGGCAGGAAUCCUGCGUUCGGCUCGUCUUCUCUACCUCCAACGUCAUACGUCAUGCCUUCUCACUUUUACAAGAUCACAGAGCUCGGGGGAAUCACUGGGGGCGAGUUCGCCGACGCAGAGCGGGACCUCCCAUCGCCUUCGCGUCGUUCUCAGCAGACAAGCUUUUCCGACUCAAUCAGCAGGCGCGUCGUGGGGAGCCGCUUCCAGGAGGUCGAUCGGAACUCCGCAGCGUACGGUCGGAUACCCCUGGGCAGUCCGCUCCAGGUGGACCCCAGCGGCCAGCUUGGACCUAUCGACCUCCAAGAGACCCCGGUUCCCACCGCGGCGCCGUACGCACCGAAUCAGCGCUAUUCUUGGGAUACGGCUGAGUUCAACGAGAGCUUGUCGCAGCCACAAUGGCCACAGCACCACCAGUUCCAUUCCGACACGAUCCUCGAAGCCGACGAGCCUGACGAGGAAUGGCACGACGUCGGCCGUGAAGACCCCGAGGCGUUCCAGAACGCAGAGGAGUAUCCAGCCGAGGCGCGUCGCCGUCCUCGCCCGCCUCGCACGCGAGGCAGGGCGGGGACCCCGAUCGAGGAGCACCGCGAGACGUUCCCGCUGCGCGCUCGUGUGCCUGCCGCGCCCGAGGAGGUGCCGCCCCCACACCUGCGCCUGCAGCCCCGCCAGCCGUUCGUGCGUCCGCUUUCGGGCGUCGACCAUGAUGCGCUGGGAGUGAUCUACUCGGACAUCAACCAUUGGCGGUGGAAGCUGAAGGUCAUCAACAGCCAGAUUGCUGACGUGCAACGCGACAGCUACAACGAUAUCGCGGAUGGCGCGAGGAUCAAGGGCUGGCUCUUGAUUGGCCGUGGCAUCCGUCAUAUUCCUGGCGUCGAGCUCAUCGAGGGGCGUGCGAAGGAAGAUAUUCGGUGGGACGAGCUGCAGAACGCGACUGAGUGGGGUCAGUGGUCCAGGAGGCUUGUGUGGUGGACGGCCGUCGUCAUGGUUGGCGUGUUCCUCAGCAUCGGAUUGCUCGCCGUCUCUGGACUUGCUGUCGCCUUUGCCCCGGACGUUGCUCAUUAUAUUCCCUUCUUCAUACCUCUGACCGAGACCAACAAGCUUGCGGCCGGUCUUGCCACAGACCUGGCACCAGCUCUUGCGGCAGCACUGUUUAUAGCUCUAGCGUACUACGUCUUAUACCAGACGAACCGGACAAACAGCUCCGUGUCCCUGUCCGGCUCUCAGCUGAAAAUGUUCAAGACCAUGUUCUGGGUUUUCACCCUGGUCGUAGGCGUCUGGCUUAUGGUAACUGGCGCCGUCGUCUUCUCCUUGGAUGCUCUCAGCACAAACAGUGGCGUGUCCACGUCUAUUGCUAACGGCGCUAUUUACAUGAGCGCAUUCGCAAUGGUGCUUGUCUUGAACGUCGCAAUCGUCUUUCCCGGGUUAUUGCUGCUCCAACCCAUCCGACUGUGGAAGGUCGUGAGAGCAGAGAGGACGGCUGUGACACCCCGACAACGUUUCCGAGCCGUCUAUCCCCGGACCUAUGACCCGUUGUACGCGAUCAGUUGUUGUUUGAUCGCCGUCAUCUUCGCCUCUGCAUUUGCUUUGAUCUUCCCGUUGCUCGCCCCCGCUGUUCUCAUUUUGCUUUUCCUCACAUUAGUCGCCCAUAGAUUUCUAGUCGGUUACGUUUACGGCCGGACACAUUCGUCCACCGGCGGUCUGCUCCAGAUAUGGCUUCUGCACCGACUUGCAACCGUCCUCGCUUUCCAACCCCUCACCAUGGGACUCAUCUUCCUCACCCGACGCCUCUGGAUCGAAGGAGGCAUCCUUGUUGGAGCAGCCGUCCUUGUCAUCAUCGUCGCGGAGGCUUUCUGUCAUUGGCGGACACGUCUUCCUAGCCGUUCCGCGCUGUCUCCUAUCGCUCAGGACUCGCUGAAGACUUUCGAACAGAGUGCCAAACCCGGCAUAGGCCGCGACUUGGACGAAGAGAGCACCAGUCUUGUCAGCUCCGCCAGAAACACCCGCGCGAGAGGGUCAUUCGCAUCCGUGCUGGAGAUGAUGUCGCUGCUCGCGGUCACCCCUUCCCCGUCGGAAGCAAGGGGUCCCGUGCCAUUGGAGACGGAGACCUUGGAUGAUCUCACGGCGACGGAACGCGCUGCUCGCACAAAUCCCGACGCGCCUCCCCAUUUACCUCCCCUUCCAUUCGCCGAUCACGCCGAGGAAAUGGCGGGCGUACUCUACCCACCCGAAUUGCUUGCCCCUCCCCCGGUGAUCUGGCUGCCGAACGAUGUGGGCGGCAUAGGUCGCUCAGAAGCGUUCGACCUCCAGCGUUACCAUGACUUACCCGUGACACUAGACGUGCGCGCAAGAGACGACGUACAAUGGUCACGGCGCUCACUCUCGUCGCAUACACCUCAAUCUCCGUAGCUGAUAAGUGAACUGUGUACACUGAUAUCACUUGCUGUAGACAUUUGUGCUGGACCUUUACGAGCGUGCUGUACCUACGAUCAUGCUGUAUGUUGUACUGCUAAACGGACUUCAUGAUAAUGUUCGAUCAGGAUCCCGACCUGAC